GCUUGCUGAUACUACACUAUCAUAGCCACAUAUUCAUCUCAUCAUGGACAUCUACUGGAAAGAUGAAGAUCUCAACACAUCCUUCGCCAAACACUCCCUCUCAAAACUCAUCAGCUCCUACCUAGAACCAGUCAACCCCCAUGAUGCUAUCACCAAAACCAUCCGCUUAGUACACCUGUUACUCCUCUCCAACCACAUCCCACAAGCUCACGAACUCCUCACUGCCGUAUACAAACACGCUCCCGCCAUUGUUCCCCCAACCCCGCACCAGGACCCCCCACUCAAAUAUACGCCCCUCACACUCGAGUAUUUAUGGCAAACGCACCAAGAAACAUGUCCCCGCCCCGAAAACUUACCUCCAUUCCGACGCUCGUGCAGUCACAAAUGCGCAUCUGACGAAGCGCAUAUCGCCCACGGACAAUGGGGCAAAUACCGCGAAUGUACUCGCACGGGCUGGAUGCUCGAACACUGCCAUCUCCCAGAACCAGAAGAUCCUCAUCUUUGGAAAGAGAGCGACGAUCCACGCAUGCUAGCUAUGUGCGCGAGGCUUCUUGCGAAGGAUAAGACGCAGGGAGAGUAUCCUCCGGAAGAGCGACUGCGGGAAGCGCUUGAGGCGGCGAAGAAACUCUAUGCACAGCCUCAGGUUUGUGUUUCCGAGUGGGAUUAUAAGGAGGCGAGAGCGGAGGGGAAGUAUAGACAUUCUGCUUUGUUGUAUAGGAGGUUGGUUGUUGAGGUUGCGAUUCGUGUUGGGGAGUUGGAGACUGCGGCUGAGAUGAUGGGUUUGGGGUUGAGGAUUGAUGGGUUUGCGACGGGUUCGGAAUUAGAUGUUUAUCUGAUGAUGCCGGGGAUCUAUGAUGUUUUGCCUUUGCUGGCUGAACGUGGAAAAGAGGGAAACCCAUUUUUAAUUGGAGAGGAAGUAGCUGAUGAGAUGGUGAGAGAAAUUGUUGCGACCUUGGAAUUGCGAGCGACGAAAGGAAGGCAGUGGUCUCAGGCAAAAGUUGGCUGGGAAGAGUUAUUGAAUAGACUUGCUCAAGGGGCAUGGAAAGUAAAUAGGAAGGAGUACAAGCAAAUGGAGGUGAAGUCUGCUGAAGGUAUUCUGUACGAGCCUGCCAGUGAGGAGGAGAUUCAACGUGCCGAAAAGAAGUGUGGAGAGCUGCCAGAGGAUUUCAAAGACAUGAUUCGGGUUGCCAACGGCUUCAAAGGAGGAUAUCAUCUCUUUGGUGGUGGUCUCUUGGGUCUUGACGGCAUGCAUGUGGCGCACGGAGACGACAUAACCGACUGCCGUCUGAGAGACCAAUAUCCAGCAGGUUCAAUGUUACAACUCGAAUCAGGAAAUGAAGACUGUGAUGGAUUCACGCAUUACAUCAUCACUCCUGCUGCAUACAAAGCGCGCGCCAUUGAGCAAGGUCAGGAGAUUGAAGAAGGAGAGUACAUGUACUGGCACUGGGCUUAUUGGCAGGGAGGUGGUGCAAAUUGCUGGAAAUCUGUUAGAGACUUUGUUGCAAGUUGCGUAGAGGAGGUGGAGGGUAUGGUUGAGAGGGGCGAGAGGGCGAACGAUGAGGAUGAUGAGGAUGAUGAGGACCAAGAUUCUGAUUCGGACGAAGAAGACGAAGAAGAUGAGGACGAGGAAUCCGACGAAGACAGCGGCUGGACAGCAAGAAGGAGAGUAAUCUCGGACCUAACCUGA